AUGCUGAGCGGCACCAUUCAGCCUUUCUGCCACUGCCACGGCCUGUCUCCCAUAGGGAACUUGGGCUUCCCUGUCUAUGUCAUCGCCACCAUGAGGGUCUCCAGCAGAGCUGCUGUUUCUAAUGGUCGUCCUUCUUUCCAUUUCCCCUCCUCUUUCCCCCGCCUGCUUUGGUAUCUUGUCUUGAAAAUAAUACUAAAGGUUCUCUCUUCCCGACACCCUCUUCUCCCUCAAGAGGACCGCUUUGCACGGCAGCCCCCCACCCUCCGCUGUACCUCCAAGGACUCCCUAUACCUGAGCUCACCAAGGCCUUACAUCCCACCUAGCACCCCCAGCCAGCAGGCCCCCUCACGGCCCCAGCCCGUCUCUCGCCCCCUGGCCGCCAGAUCAGCUCCCAAACGUGUGGUGCGUCCUGAUCCCCGGCUUCCUGGUUCCACGUUCCCCAGUGCUUUAUCCCAGCCCCAGCAGCACCAUGCAGCCACCAGGACAGUUUAUAGUGAGAAUGUGAGCUCUAAUCCACAUCAUAAAGCAGUUGGGAAUAAAAAGGUCAGCAGCUUAUAUGUACCUUGUUUAUCCGAUAACAUUUGCCCCGCGGCAACGGAUAGCGCCUCUCCUGUUGCACGUGACUCAGCCAAAGGCACUCCCUUGGAAGCUGCAGGCACUAGAGCACCGGCUCGCAGCAUUGUCUCCCGCACAGCCGGCACGGGAAAACCACCCUUUGCUCCUCCUCCUGACCCUCCCAAGCUAUUCUCUGACAUCCACAAAGAUGCCGGUAACCGUGGCGAGAGUUCUCCCCUGGGGGCUUCAUUCCCAGAAGCAGUGAGACCACCUGUGCUAGGCCCCCAGGUUACCUCUGAUCUCGAAAACCAGAAGAGAAAAGAGCCUUACCUUUUGCAGCCGUGUUAUCCAGCCAAGGCAAGAACUAGGAAUGUGUGUGUGUCUUCUACACUGUCUCUUUCUAAACUGAUGGGAGCAGCUCUUUUGUUUUCUGGGCUGCCCUACAGUCCUUCUCCUUCUUAAUACUGCUGCAGCUUGAAUCCCCAG